AUGAUGGACGAACAGGAUCGGGAUGAGACCUUUUGGGCUCCUGGAACGGUCGCUUUGGAAGAUAUCAAUCGUACCAGAGACCAAAUCAUUCUUUUUCCGACCCCCUCGGACGAUCCCAAUGAUCCUCUCAAUUGGUCGACAGCUCGCAAAGCCUUGAAUUUCACACUCGUCAGCUUUUUUGUGCUAUGGACGUUUGUACAACUGGAUAUCGGGUUUACGGCGUGGGGACCAAUGGAAACAGAAUUGGGCUUCUCGGUGGACAUCUUGAACGCUGGAGCGGCUGUCAAUUAUGGCGGUCUUGCCAUUGGAUGUUUCUUUUUCAUUCCUUUGGUCCACAAAUAUGGUCGCCGGCCGAUCUAUAUUUUUAGCGUUGCCCUCCAGCUUGCAUCCUGCAUCUGGCAAGCAAAGAUGACGACUGUGGGUGGUUUUAUUGGUUCCAACCUCAUCUCUGGCCUGGGGGGUGCAAUUAGCGAGAUCGUUGUCCAGAUUACCGUUGCGGAUCUCUUUUUCGUUCACCAGCAUGCAACUAUGAACGGGUGGUUCGUCAUUUUCCAGUCCGCAGGUGCUUUUCUAGGGCCCGUUGCUUCCGGAUACAUUGUCGAUUCUCAGGGGUGGCGAUGGAUGUGGUGGUGGUGUGUCAUCUUUUUCGGGGUGACUUUGAUCUGCGUCAUGUUCCUCUUUGAGGAAUCAAAGUAUGUUCCUGUUAUACACGGUCAACCAGUCAUUUCGCAGCCCCGGCUGGCUCAACAGGAGUUGAACCAAGACUCCAAGGACACCAAGCAGGCCGACGACGAUGCCCUGGCGUCUAACCCGGGCAUCGCUCGCACGGUGACAAUCAAUCCAGACAUCAGCCUCAAAUCAUAUCGCGAGCGCAUGGCCUGGCUCACGGUCACAUCAGAGUCUAUGUGGCCUCAUUUCUACCAGCCGAUCGUGACGUUGUUUACCUUCCCAGCAGUAGCAUAUGCUGCUCUCACGUAUGGCUCUACACUGGCCUGGUUUGCGAUUAUGACUUCGCUCCAGGCUUCAUAUAUGCUCUAUCCCCCUUACAACUUUAAUGCGAUCGGCGUUGGUCUUAUGAAUGUGGCACCUUUUGUAGGAGCCAUGUUGGGUUUCCCAGUGGGUGGCUGGUUGAGCGAUAAAUCUAUUCUCUGGCUUUCUAAGAAAAAUGGCGGUAUCUAUGAGCCAGAGAUGCGUCUCUGGCUUGCUUUGCCUUGUGCGAUCCUUAUUCCCGGGUCGAUAUUGAUGUUUGGGCUGGGCCUUGCCCAUGGCGUACAAUGGUCUCUGCUCGCGGUUGGAUUUGGACUCUUCGGAUUUGCUUUCUCCGCCAUUAGUGGCAUCGCGCUGUCAUAUCUUAUGGAUUGCUAUCAAGAUAUUAUCGGUAACGCUCUAGUGGGUGUGAUCUUUAUGCGCAACAUCAUUUCUGUCAUUGUGCUCUUCGUGUUGACUCCAUGGGUCAAUGGCAUGGGAAGAUGGCCGAGAAACAAGUUACCCACCGUGCGGUAUAGCCCGUUGUGA